GCAGGCCCGGGCGGGGCGGGGCAGCGGCGGGAGGAGGCCGAACCUGCGGGGUGGGGGCGGCGCUCGGGGGUCAGCGCCGCUCCCCUAGGCCGUUAUGUCUCGGCAGACAAAAGAUGACUUCCUGCGACACUACACCGUCUCCGACCCCAGGACCCACCCCAAGGGCUACACGGAGUACAAAGUCACCGCGCAGUUCAUCUCAAAGAAGAAUCCUGAGGACAUCAAAGAGGUGGUGGUCUGGAAGCGAUACAGUGACUUCCGCAAGCUGCAUGGGGACCUGGCCUAUACCCACCGCAACCUCUUUCGACGGCUUGAGGAGUUCCCAGCCUUCCCCCGUGCCCAGGUGUUUGGCCGGUUCGAGGCCUCAGUGAUUGAGGAGCGGCGAAAGGCAGCUGAGGACCUGCUUCGCUUCACUGUGCACAUCCCUGCGCUCAACAACAGCCCCCAACUCAAAGAGUUCUUCCGGGGUGGGGAGGUGACAUGGCCCUCCGAGGUCUCCAGGGACUUGCACAUCCUGCCACCCCCUCUGAUCCCCACACCACCCCCUGAUGAUCCCCGACUCCCUCAACCACUCCCUGCAGAAAGGAGGGGCCUGGAGGAGUUGGAAGUGCCAGCGGACCCCCCACCAUCCAGCCCUGCACAGGAGGCCCUGGAUCUCCUCUUUAGCUGUGGCGGCGCAGAAGAGGUGUCAGGCACCCCUUCUAGGGGUCCCCUCUCUGAGGCCGAGCUUGCCCUGUUUGACCCCUUCUCCAAGGAAGAAGGUACAGGCCCCAGCCCCACCCAUGUAGGUGAACUGGCAGCCAUGGAAGUGGAGUCCAAAAGCCUGGACCAGGAACCCUGGGAGCCAGGAGGACAGGAAGAAGAAGAGGAAGGAGGGCCCACCCCUGCCUAUCUGAGUCAGGCCACGGAGCGCAUCACUCAGGCUCUUCGGGAUGAGAAGACAGGCGCCUACCCUGCUGCCCUCCAAGCUUACCGAGAGGGUGUGCACAUCCUGCUGCAGGGGGUGCCCAGUGACCCAUCCCCUGCCCGCCGGGAAGGGGUGAAGAAGAAGGCAGCUGAGUACCUGAAGCGAGCAGAAGAGAUCCUGCACUUGCACGUGUCCCAGUUGCCACCCUGAGGACAUGUGGCCCUCCCAGGGACUGCAGCUCCGCACUGCCAGCCUUCUCCUGAUCCCAGGGCCUGACCCCACCUCCUGGUCUUGUAACUCCAGGGCCCAUUUCUGUAUGUAACUGGACCAAGAAUGAAGAAAGUAAUGACUUCUCAGCUGUCUGCCUGCCCACCUUCUUGGAAUCAGGGACCCAUGCCUCUGAUCCUGUCUGUCCCUAUCUUGAUGUGGCAGCAGCACUCCAGCCACUAACCUAUCAGUUACCAGCUGAAAACUUAGGUCUGUAAGCUGCAGUCUGCAGUCCAGAUCUGGCUCACUGCCUUCUUUUGUAAGACCCAUGAGCUUGGGGCCAGGGAGAUGGCUCAGUGGAAUAAGUGCUUCCCUGGCAAGCACAAAGGCCUGAGUUCAAUCCCC